AUGCAUAGAAACUGCGGCCCUGGAACUAAACCCUUUGAAGAAGAAUCAUUGAAGCUUUUGUCCCAGGCUAAUAUGAGCCAUGGUCAUGAUCAUGAUCAUGAUCAAUGUAAGUACCUCGUUUGGCUUCCUUCAAAUGGACUAGGAAACCGAUUUGUCAGCCUAGUCUCCACUUUCCUCUACGCCCUCCUCACCGAUCGAAUCUUGCUCAUCGACGAGUCCAAGAACAUUGAAGAUCUACUUUGCGAGCCCUUCGAGAAUGCUACUUGGCUGCUCCCUCCCGAUUUCCCGCUCAAGGCAAACUUUCGAAAUUUCAGAGGUGGGUCUCCCGAUUCUUACGGAAACAGGAUCAUGAAGAACACGGCGAAUUCCACCGAUUCCUCGAUAAUUCAUCUGCCUAAUAAUAGUUUCAUGUACCUUCAUCUUCCAUUCGAUUGCUCCGAUCAGGAUAAGCUCUUCUUCUGCGACGAAUACCAGAUCCCAAUAGAAGAAAUCCCCUGGCUAGUUUUGAGAUCAGACGAGUAUUUCGCGCCGUCUCUGUUCUUAAUGCCCGGAUACGAUCAAGAACUCGAAAGGCUGUUCCCGAAGAAAGACACUGUUUUUCAUCACUUGGGAAGAUACCUUUUCCACCCUUCAAAUGAUGUAUGGGGACUCGUUAAGAGAUACUACGACACAUAUCUAGCGAAAGCAGAUGAGAGAAUUGGAAUCCAAAUCAGGGAUUUCAAGACCACUCCAGUAGUCUUCAAGAGAAUGAGUAACCAAAUCUUUACUUAUUACCUUCCCCAUUUCAAACAAGACCAAUCCAGCACUCGACAAAUUCAAGACAUUUGUUACGUAACCACCUUCGAAAAACACAUGCUGGAACGAAUCAUUUCCUGCACUACCGAUCGUCGGAUUCUGCCUAAACUACGAAAAACCAACUACACGAUUUCAAGUGGGAGUGAAAAGGGAACCUCUAAAGCUGUCAUGACGGCUUCUUUGAGUUUGUCAUAUCACGACAGCUUAAAAGACAUGUAUUGGGAGCAUGAAACCGAGACAAGGGAGGUGAUCGGGGUUUAUCAGCCUAGCCACGAAGACAGCCAACAUAGUGAGAAGAUGAGUCACAAUAUGAAGGCGUGGGCAGAGAUCUAUCUCUUAAGUUUGAUGGAUGUGUUGAUAACGAGCCCGUUUUCGACUUUUGGGUAUGUGGCUCAAGGGCUUGGAGGUAUGCAAUCGUGGAUUAUAAACAGCCCUCAUAGAGAACUCGCACCUUCCGAGCCGUCGUGCAUUCUGGCUAAGUCGAUGGACCCGUGUUUUCAUUUACCUCCAUAUUUUGAUUGCAAGGCGAAAACCGGUGCCAAUACAGGAUCGAUGCGUUCUUAUGUGCAGAAUUGUGAGGAUUUGAAAUGGGGGAUUAAGUUGGUUGAUGAUCAUAACCUUGAGCUAUAA